AUCUGAUCAAUAAUAUCGUCAAGCAAAAAUUUAUGAAGAAAAUCGAUAUUUAAAGAAAAAAAUCAAAACCUGAUGAUGAAUCAUCAAAAAAAGGAAAGAAAUCAUCGAAAAAAUCUAAUAUAACAGUAAUCGAUGAUAAUGAUGAUGAUAUUUAUCGAAUUGCUAAAGUAACACGUGGUGGUGAAUUACCAGAAGGUGCUACAGAAAGUGGAAAUGAAGAUAAUGAUCAUGAUGUAAUUGUUGGAAAAAAUAAAAAAUAUGAUCCACAUCGAGCACUUAAUAUUGACUUAAGUGAAAAACCUAUUCAAUCGAUUCCUACAUCACUACCACCGUUGACAUCUCAAUUAAAAGAACCAGUUCCUAAACAAGUUGAAACACCUCCUAUAUUAACUGGAAAGCCAAAAAAAUCUAAGAAAAAGAAAAUAAUUGAAAAACAAGAACAAUCAGCAACAUCGAAAUUCAAAUACAAACGAGAACGUAGUGAUUAUAAAGAAUUAUUAUCACCAGCUGAUGAGGAAGAAAAUUGUCCAACUUCAACACCUCCUCUUCCUGCUAUUGCAAAAAAAAACAAAGAAAAAAAAAUUAUCAUCAGAAACAAUAACAACAAUGAUAUUCAUCUAACAAAUCAAUCUGAGCAACAAUACAAAGAACAAGAUACUUAUAAACUAGUUGCUCAAUCUGGCAAUUAUCCAUCAAUAGCUCAACUUGAUGUAACAUUUCUUUUAAAAAAUCGAACAUCAUUUAUUAUUGAUCGUAUUAAUAUUCAUUGUAUUGAUAGUAUGAGUUCGAAAUUAUUAAAUACAACAAGUACAAAUUUAAUAUCAUUUCCAUUUAUAAGAAUUUUUCCUCAUUCACAAAACUAUAUUCAUAUUUAUUCUUUUCAAUAA